UGAGCGGUAAACCUCUGUCUCGCUCACAGUCUGUCUCUCUCUCAGGCAGGCAUGUCGCUCCUGUGUUUGCAGGGACUUCUUCCCAAACACAGGAGGCUCCGGUGUUACCGAUGAUUCCACUUAGCAGCAGCUAGAAACUGUUUCUGAAGCAGAGGAAAUGUCUCGUUGGACGUGGUGUCCGCUGCUGCUGCUGCUCUGUGAAGUUCAAGCUCAAAUAGAAAAUCGAGUCAUUUUCCUGCCGGGAACUUUCCAGAACGUGAGCAUCUCUGAGAACGAGACGGUGCAGGUGGUGGUGUCCAGGAUCCCCCCGGAGGUCGCCUUCGUCACCGUGCAGUUCCACACGCAGCACCGCAAUGCCACGCUGUCCUACACCCGGAUGCCGGGCCUGGGUCUCUCUCUGACAGCGGUGGACUCGGGGCUCCUGUCGGCUCUGCAGCCGGGACAAGUGUCCCUCUCCUUGUUCCUGUCCUCUCCGGAGGGAGGCAUUGUGGCGGGCACCGGGGUCAUCUUGCCGUACGCCAGCACCGAUCCGCUGCCUGGAGCUUGUAACACAGAGUUCGACCUGGACGUCAACCCAAACGUGUAUCUCCACUACAACCUGUACGAGACCCAGAUACGCUUCGCUGCAGCAAACUUAGGCUACGACAGAGGAGCAGCUCCUCCGGCCUGUGACGAGUCCUCAGAAGUGAACACGCGCUGGCGGCUGCAGUAUGAUGUCUACCAGUACUUCCUGCCGGAGAACGACCUAUCAGAGCGCAGCCUGUUCAGUGGCGUCCAGGCUGUGGCCGACAUCCAGGGCCUGAGGGAGAACGGCAGACGGGUCAUGACGUUGCUGUCCUCCGACCUGAGCCUGGCGGUGUUUAACUCGCUACCCGGGCAGGGCGUCAUCUACUCCGUCAUCGCCAGAGACCCGCUGCUCAACACGUCGGCCUCCUACGUCCCCGUCCACACCUACGCCUGCAGCUUCGUCUCCACGCUGGACGGCUGUCAGACCCUCGGAAAGAUCUCUACGAAGCUGCUCUUCAGCAUAGCGGGCCUGGCCGGCCUGUUCGUCUGCUUCUUUGGACAUCGAUUCUUUAAAUGCGAGUUGUUCUGUAUGGGCUUCAGCUUCGCUAUGUUCUUCCUCUUCGUGCUGGUCACGCGGACUACAGGACUCGACUAUGACAUCUGUCUGGCCGUGUCAGCGGUGGUCGGCGUGGUGGGCGGCGUCCUCCUGGUGAUGAGCUGGUGGCGCUUCGGUUCAGUCAUGGCCUGCAUCGUGGUGGUGGGACUGAUGCUGGGCUUCCUCAUCGCCUCCACCGUCCUCUUCACUCCUCUGGGUGACCUGGAUGUGUUCCGGCGCUCUGACGCAGUGUUCUGGGUGACGUUCUGCUGCAUGAUGAUCCUCGUCCCGCUCUUCUUCGUGCGUUGGCCCAGAGAGGGUAACAUCAUCACGUGCGGCGUCGUUGGGGGGUACGCCGUCGUUCUGGCCGUGAACGCCUACGUCUACACCAGCCUGUCCUACAUCAGCCUGAACAUCCUCAAACGCUUCCUCAACAACAACUUCAGCGGCGUCUUCACUGACGUGCCCUUCCAGGCCAUCGACUACGUCAUGAUCACAGUGUGGGUGGUGCUCGGCGUCUGUGGCGUCGUCCUGCAGCUGUACCGCGAGCGCUCCCGCCCGUUCUUCCCGCCCAGCCCGUACCUCAUGUGGCUGCAGGAACGCGAGCGUCGCAAGACCAACGUGCUGGACCCGAGCCACCACGCCCCCCCGCUGCCCAACCGCCUCCUGGCCAGAGCGCGGCAACUCACCAAGAGGAAUGAGCCAGCGGGGGAACACACACCGCUGCUGCUGUGAGAAGCUUCCUGGGAUGCUUUUGGCACAUUUCGGUGCUCUGGGGAGGACUGUGGGAGGACGGGGGGAGGACU